AUGAAUAGAGAGGAAGAAAGGUACUUACCAGUUAAUGGUUUGCAGUGUGUUCAGUGUAAGGAGAAUUUGGAAUUUUACCUUGGUGAUCUUUGUAACGAGAACAUUUUCCAGUUUAAAAUCCCGAAGUGUUCUUUGUGCAGGAGGAGCCUUGAAUUCUACUGCAAAACAUGUAGACGAGAUCUUUGUGUUAUUUGUAAGGAGAAACAUAUUAUAGACCUCGAUACAAAACAUCACGAUGUUGUCAUCGACCGUUUAAAGUAUGGCGACUUCAAAGUACCAGAGUUUUGUGAAAGACACCAAGAGAAGUACUUAGAAAGCUGGUGCUUCACAUGUACUUGUCCAACCUGUGCCGAAUGUGAACACGUUAAUCAUAAAAUUCUGGAUAUAAUCUCAGCUUAUGAUAUAUUCAGAAACGAAAACAAUGAAAGAAUCGUAGAGAUCAGAAGUGAAAUUAUCCCAAAUAAUCAAGCCAUCAUUGCAAGUAUCAAAUCUGAUAUUGAAACAUGCGUAGAAUCAAAAUUAUCUAACCUCCAGCAGAGCAUCAAAAAUAGAAUCCAGAGAUUAAAGAAUCUUACUGAUAUAGUAAUGAACGAUAUCAGUGGAUUAAAUGUGUUAAUGAAAUCUAAAUUACAAAAACAACAUACAAACGUAACCAACACAGAAAAAUAUAUUUUCAACUUGGAGCAGUUAUUAGAAAAACCAGUACGAUUUCUUUCACAUCUAAAGAAAACUCCAAUCCCAAGAAUUAAAGAUAUUCCUGGUGUUUCUAUAAUUUCUCGAAAUAGUGAAAUGAGCAUGGAAGGUGUAAUAAAGUUACUAGACGAAGUAGACAUCACAGAGACAAAAAAGAGACGAGUAAGAAAUAUGCAUUUGCUGGAACUGAUGUAUACACCUAUUGCAAAGAAGUUUUUAAAAAUGAAAGGUGUUCUCGAGGUUUGUCACAUAUCCUGUUUGACGAACAAACUGAUAUGGGUUAGCAAUCCAAAUGGAAAUAUAAUCCUAACAACAGGUUACUAUAAAUACUUUGUGAUAGACACAGUUAGUUGUUCUGGAGGACACUCUGUGACUCCUGAGGGGAACCUGAUAUAUAUAGACAGAUAUCAUAACAUAAACAAGUCAUCUACAGACAACAAAAUACAAUAUACACUAGUAAAGAAACCGGAAUCUUUGGAAGCAGAGUGCGUUCACUGUUCACACUCCAAUUCAGAUCUACUUGUGGGGAUGAUGAGAUAUGAUAGAAAUAAAAACAUAUACACUGAGGCUAAAGUUAUGCGGUAUAACAGUACAGGUCAACCAAUUCAGACCAUCGAACACGAUAGCUCUGGUCAGAAAUUAUAUAAACUUCCUAAAUACAUCACGGAGAACCAUAAUGGAGAUGUUAUUGUUUCUGACUUAAACAAUGGAGUAGUUGUGACAGAUCUUGCUGGAAGACAUCGUUUCUCCUACACAGGUCCUCCAUCAGGAUUAGGACUUUCACCACUUGGAGUUUGUGUAGACGCUCUGUCAAAUAUCCUGGUGUGUGAUGCUAAAAGUAAAAAAAUUCAGAUGAUUGACCAAGACGGUCAUUUCUUAUCACUGUUCACAAAAAUAAACAGGAUAAACAUAUCGGGGGGUCUGGCCUAUGACAACAGAAAUCACCUUCUCUUGGUAGGAACAACAUAUUUUUCCAGCAGAGUGAGUGUAUAUAGACACAUACAGAGAAAGGAGAAUCUCACAGACGGUCUACACGACUAG